GUUGCUUUCUUUUCAGCACUCAACUGUCCACCAGCAGCUCCUCCACUUGGUGGAACAACUUCGUUCACUGGAGAACCCAGAGAAGGAUCCGUAGCUGUUGGAAUGUGCCCGCUUGGUCAAAUUAUGAGCGGCCCAUCUACUAUCACAUGCACUAAUGGAGCAUGGACACCACUAGCAUUUGGAAUAUGUACGCCGGCAGGAAGCGGCGGAGGUCUUGGGCUGCCGCCAUCAGGAGGAUUGGGUGGAUUAGGUGGAUUGGGAACUGGGAUACCACCAGCGCUACCAGGACUCGGACUAGGAGCAGGGCUCGGAACCGGAAUGGGUGCUGCGCAGUGUGCACCAAUGUUGGCACCAGCGGGCUCAACAAUUUCGUAUAGCAGCGGUGCAACGAGCUCUGGAAUUCCACCAUUGCAGGCCCAUGGUUCCACUGCCACCAUGAGAUGCAAUGACAACUCUCUUGUGUCAGGUGAGCCAAAUGCGUGGUAG